AUGGCCGACCGACACGGCGGAGACGGCCAGACAGGCGCGUCUUCCGUGUCGCCCGCGCAGCAAAGCAAUUUCAGCCCAUCUAGUGGGGGUGAGCAAAACAACAAUGGGUUGAACGCCCUGAAGAAUCUAGCCGCCAAGCGCUCGUCGCGAGCCGACGGAUCACAGCCGAAGCGACGAGGCCCGAAACCCGACAGCAAGCCAGCCCUCACGCGACGGCAGGAGCUCAACCGCCAAGCGCAGCGGACGCACCGCGAGCGGAAGGAACUUUACGUCAAGGCGCUGGAGGACGAGGUACUGCGGCUCAAGGAGAUCUACAGCAGCGUGUCUCAGGACAAGUCGCGCUUGCACGAGGAGAACAAGAAGCUCAAGCGUCUGCUGGCGGAGAAUGGCAUCCCCUGGACGUCGGACCGCACGAACGACGAUGACGCGGGCGGAGGCGACGACGGCAGCAACAACAAUUACAAUGCGAGUGUUUCCGGGAAAAGCUACGGGCAGGGCUCGCAUGGCAUCUUCUCGCCCGACCAGACUUCACAGCCUAGCACGGCGCCGUCUGCCUCGCCGAGUGGAGGGCAGAAUCAGCAGCUGAUGAGCGGCCAGCAGCUGCGGGACAUGACAGCCGUCGCGACGAAGAAUAAGGGAGUCGACUAUGAACAAGCGGGCAUCGAGUUCGUGCUGAAGCUGGAGAGGCCGUGCAUGGGCCACUUGCCUUUUCUCAUGGAGAGGGCCAACGUGCCCGACGAGGAGACCUAUUGUGGCCAUGCCAUGAUGGCGUCCUGCCCACCUCGUCCGCUGGGCCUCGUUAAGGAGAGCACACCAUAUGGGACAUCAAACGUGCCCAGACCCGCAGUGGAGACGGAGGAGACGGGGGCGACGCAGAAGACAUGGGAGCUGUCGAGAGCGGACUUGGCAACGCUCAUGGAUCUAAGUCCCAGGAUCGACUUGGACGGCGAGGUCACGCCAAUCACGGCGUGGGGCAUGAUCAUGUCGCACCCGAGGUUCGGCGACUUGAGUCUCGCCGACUUUAAGGGGCUGGCUGAGGAACUCGGCAGAAAAGUACGGUGCUAUGGAUUCGGCGCGGUGGCGGAGGAGUUUGAGGUGCGUGAUGCCUUGGAAGGGGUGCUUUCCACGCGCGCGAUCAUGGCUUAG